AUGGCACAUUCUUACUUGACAGACGAGCAUGAAAGGGAAGAAACAAGACGACUCUACGCAGAACUCAAUAACAAUGUUGAGAGAAUGAUAAUGGCAUUUGAAGAGCUUCGUGUGCAAGCAGAGAAUAACAGAUUGGAAAUGUCUUUCCAAUUAAAAGAAGAAGCAGUAAAAGUGGAGAAGUUUGAAAAAGAAUGCAAACUGGAAAUCAAUAUGAAAGAGAAGCAGAUUUCAGUUCUUACUGCACAGAGUAAUGAAAAAGAUCAUAUAAUAAGAGAUGUCAAGACUCAGCUGCAGGAAUCAAAAAAUAAGAUUGCUGAUUUAGUAGAAGAAAAAAGACACAAAGGAGAAAUGCGAGAAUCCCAGAUCGGUCAAGAGCUCUUGAGGGAAGAACUGGAAGAAGCCAAAAUUUCAUUGCAAAAAAAAGAGGUUACUCAAAAGAGCUUAGAAACUGAAUUGCAGUCUGCAAUGCAAGCAUUAAUUCAGGUCACUGGAGAAAAAGAAGCACAGGUGGAAGAAUGUGCAAAAACUAUCCAUGAAAAGGAGUUUGAGACUUCCAUUUCCAAUUUGAAAAGCUUGCUGCAGGAAGAGCAAAAUAGAUUGAAGAAAUCUGAAGAUGAGGCAAAGCUACUUGCCAUGAAGCUCAGAAAUAAGUCUGCUGAACUGGGUAAGAUUUGUAGAAAGAAAGAAAAUGAGCUAACUGUUAAAAAUGUUUUCUGCUAUUUCCUGAAAAUGGAUUGUCCCUAUGAAGAGAUGACUAAACUAAAAUGUGACAAAGAAAUGCAACUUGAAGAGCUGUCAGAAACAGUGGAAAUUGAGCUGUCAUGUUUGAAAAGUGAGUUGUCAGCCCUUAAGGAACAACUUAAGGUUGGGGGUUUUGUGUUUGAGAAGCUUGCAAAAGAACUUGCCCAAUACACAGUUCCUGAAAGUGAAAAAAAGCACAAGAAAAUACAGACUUACUUUCCUGAGACUCCUAAACCUCAUUUAGAUCUGGACUCUGAAUCUAUUAAUGUAAAACAUGAAAAGACCCCGAAUGAUACUCCUAUGAGAUUCAACAUGAUGGGAAAGAAAAAAAUGCCUCCUUCAGUAUCUGAGGAAAAUGCCUUGGGGAGUCCUUUGUUAAAGACAUAUAUUAUAAAGACUCCUCCAGUACAUAAACUGCAAAGUGAAAGCACAAGUCUGCAUUCAGAUUAGUGUGUGAGGAAAAAGCAAAAAGUGCUUCUACAGAUGGAUGCUCAGUCAGACAGCUCCAAACACAGUGACCUCCUGUAACUUUUAACUUUUUAAUUUCAAAGCAUAGUCUCAGAGGAAGAAACGUUUAAAAAAUUGUAUAAAGAUUGUCCUCAAGCUUCACAGUUCUGUGCCACAACACCAAAAAAGAAACCACCUACACCAAGUGUAAAAACUCCAGGCUCUGUACUGAAACUUUCAACCAUGAGAAAAAUGUGUGAGGCUGGAUGGAUUGCAGUUUCUAAAAUUGACAGGAAAAGAAAAAUUAAAGAAGCUGAAAAACUCUUUACUUAA